CAGCUCAGCAGUAAGUAGGGUAGUAGAACACAAAUCUUUUUUUCUCCCGAACACCAACUUGAAUUAAAGUGAAGGACAAUGUCUUCAACUCGCAGCGAUGUCUCCGUGCUGAUCCCGUUCUCCGACGGGGACAAGGAAAAGAAGGAAACCCUACGUCAGUGUCCAUCAGUACAGGUGUCUGAGGUGAUCUUCAACAAUAUCGAGGAGACAGAAACACUCCUGGACUACGUACAACGAGUAAAGAGGCUCGUCGCUGAACUCAAUAUCAACAUCAUUCUCCCCACAACUGACCUCUCCACGUUCGUGCACGCCGCCAUUGCCCGGGACUUCCCGCACAUCCCCGGGCCCAGUGUCGAGUCGUGCUACCUGGCUUUCCACAAGGCCUACACUCGGCAGUACCUGGACUCCGGGGAAAGCCAAACCCCCUACGAUGUGGUGGACCUUGAUUCGCCAACUAUGCUGGAGGACGCAGAGCGGGCUUUGGAAAAAAUCGGUCUACCGGCGUUCGUCAAGCCGGCAGCGGGGUUUGACACGUUUGGCGUGGCCAAGAUCGAGAACUUUGAAGACCUGAAACGCGCCCUGCAAAACCUCCGGACAAUGAGGGAUGAAAAUCCUGGCUUCACGUCCUCACCAAGUGCUCCUUUCUUGAAGGAUUAUUUCAAACAAUAUCUGGACGUGGAAAAGUACCCCCUCGCCCUUCGGGACGUUGUGAUUGUGGAGCCGUACUUGGACGCCGUGGCCCUCUACACCGUGGAUGGAUGUGUGGUGGACAAUGAGAUUGUGCCUUGGACAAUCACAGACGAGCUCCGUUUCGACCACAAAGUAGCCAAGUUCAUGACCGUGAUCGCUCCGACCUCCGAGCCGGAAGACUUGCAAAGGCGGAUAUGGGACGUCUAUAUGGGCGUCAUGACCAAGAUGAUCCAGCUGGGCUUCAACAACUGCUUCACAAACAUCGAAAUCUUCAGAAUGAAGGAUGGACAGCUGAGGCUGUGUGAGGUAAAUGCCAGGGGGUCACAGAACAUCCAGGGUUGCUACAGGGAGAGCUACAGGAACGCUAACGAGGACUACCUGUACCUGACUGCCGGCCGCGGGGUGAAGUACACAACACCGCACAAGACGGGCAGGUAUUCCUGCGCCUACAUCGUCAAGUUCGACAAGCUGGAAAGGCCCGGCAAUCUCAUGGACUUUGACCAGAUAGAAAAGCUGAAGGUGGAUCCUGAUGUGUACAUCUUGCUCUCGGCGGGUCCUGACGAUGACGUCACAAAUUUCACCGGCAGUGUCGGGGGUCACUUCUGUUUUGUGUUCACCUAUGGUGACUCCAGACAAGCCAUGAUCAGGAAGCUGGUCGAUGUGCUGAAACUUGUAGUGAAGAAGCCAGAACGACUGACAUAUCCAGUACACUGUGGGAUGUAA